UCGAGAAUCAACCGAGCGGGAGAUGAACUUCCUUUGCUCGAAAUCUGAUACUGUAUUCUGACACAACGAAGAAACCAGAUGCGUUGCAUGAACCAUCAUWCAUCGCCCGUCGCCUACCUCCCAUUCAACACAAAACUUCGUUUACCAAGCGUGUUGCAUAGUAGUCUACUAUUUUUUUUCUAUGAAUCUGGUUCUUGGCCGCAGAGCUCUUGCCGGAACACUCUCUCUCCCKGCUGCCUUUUUUGUGACGGGACUCUUCUCCGCUUGUUUUGUUCGCACCAUGUCUUCGCUGACGCCAAAACAACAACGAAUUGCGAAGGAGCGGCUGGUCUACGGAUCGGGYGACAGCCUCUUUGGGCACAUCGAAAAACUGCAGGGAACGAGGCCCUUUGGGUCGUUUCUGGACGCCGGAACCGGGCUGCACUCGCUGCGAUGGAUAGCGACGCUGGGCGGCGAAUACGACGAGGACGGCGAGAAGAACAUGACGGACUUCACCGCGGUGACGGCCGACGAAACCAUGCGGAGAAACGUCCAAAGGGAAGCCGACGAGCUCGGAAUCUCGCACCUCGGCAGGGUUGUCAUUGGGAACUGGUUUCCACCCGACAACGACGAUCGGCAGAGCCUGCUCAGCAUCGACAACGAGAUCGACAGCGGUGAAACGGCGGCCGCGGCAGAGGGAAGGGCCACCAAGCUCUACGACACCAUUCUGGCCGACUAUUUGAUAGGAGCCAUGGCAGGAUUUCCGCCGGGCCAUUUCUCACAGGACCAAAUGAUCGAAAAACUGGCCCGCCGCCUGAAGCCCGGCGGUCGCCUGUACAUUGUCGGUCUCCAACCGAUACCCGACGUGUACGACGCAAAAAAUCCRGGGGCUCCGCAGAACAUUAUCUGCAAGGUCCGCCAGGUCCGGGACGCCUGUAUCUUGCUGGCGGGAGAUCGGUGCUACCGAGAAUAUCCAAAGGAUUGGAUCGAGAGGCAGGUGGACCGAUUGGCAGCGGGAACGGCUGCUCCCCGACUGAAACACAUCGAUUCCAAGGAAUUCCCUAUACUGUAUCGGCACACCACGAUCGUCAAACAAAUCAACGUGGCACGCCACAAACUCCCGAGGUUCCCCUCGCGGGCUCUGGCCAACGAAAUGAAAAAGACCCUGGACGACCUCGAACAACAAAGCUACGCCGCGACCGAAAAAAUCCAGAGGGGAAGGCGCAUCGAGCUCGGAUUUGAUUACGUGUGCGUUCUCUACCGUACCGUACUGUAUUUGACGCAGCUUUGUGGUCGGUGUUGGCCAGCGCGCAGUGCACGAGCUGUAUUCUCGUCCCGUAGCCUCUGUGGUUGGGUCGGAUUGGGUUUGGUUCGUCGUUUCGUUUCGUUUCGUUUCGUUUCACACACCGCCAUGGCGAUGGUGAUUCCUUCCUCGUCGGCUCUUUUUUUUUCUUGCGCUUUGUCGAUUCGCCCUGACCGUUCCUUUGCUUGUUUUUUCGUUGUUGUUGUGUUGUAGGGUAACAGCCGAGCGGGUCGAUUUCGAAGACGAAUCGUCUGAAAAUUGAGACCAAAGAGGAUUGCAAAAGUCGUGACCCGAGGACGCCGAGGAACGUGAUCACAGUUGAUCGCWUUUUCAGCAAGUACCCGCUGGCGGUGGCAUUGGACCGUGAGAACCGACUUUGUAAAACAAGUACAGUAACUUAGCAAGGUUUGUUUUGUUUUCCCAGAACACAAUGGUUUUCUACUAGUACUGCUAGGUUUACUACCAGGAUUGGUGAGAAUAGUCUUGGUAGCAUCAGUAGGUUCUACUAGUAUGAUAGAAGUAGUAACAAACUAGGCUAAGCCAA